AUGGUCUCUGCUGCGGCCUCCAUCCCCAACCUCGCCGGUACCGUCGUCGACGACCGUUACGAGCUCAUCCAAAAGCUCGGGUCCGGCUCGUAUGGCGUCGUCUACAAGGCGAUCGACCUCACGGACGGCAUCUUUGUCGCGGUGAAGGUCAUGAACCUAGCUGGCCGGAGCGACGCCGAUCGUAAAGUCAUUAAACGAGAGAUCGAGUUGCAUCACAUCGUCGGCGACACCAAGGGCGUGGUCGGGUUUACCGACCUCGUCUUCGACGCCGACUACUGCUACAUCGUCCUCGAGUUCUGCCGAGGCGGCGAUCUGUUCGAGCAUGCCACGGAGAAGGGAUCCUAUGCGGGCAACGACAAGCUUCUCCGGAAGGCCGUGCACUCGCUCGUGGACGCCGUUCAGGCGAUCCACGAUCUAUACCUUGCGGACUUUGGACUUGCUACGAACGAGAAGAUGUCCACCGACUUCGGUCGAGGGACGUCGAUUUACAUGAGUCCUGAGUGUAUCGGUGAUAUGACUGCGAAGCAGCCAUACAACACGUACCUCAGCGACAUCUGGUCACUGGGCGUCGUCCUUGUCAACAUGAUCACGGGCUCGCAGCCGUGGUCGAAGGCGACGAUCCAGGAUGCUUGUUUCCGUCAGUUCCUCAUGGACCCGGACUUCCUAUACAAAGCGCUCCCGUUUUCUAAGGAGGCGCACGCCAUCAUCCAGUCGAUGUUCCAUCUCGACCCCACUAAGCGGAUUAGCCUCCGCGCACUCCGGGCAGCGAUCCU